AUGCCCGCCUACCUCGCCGCUCUGUCGGUGCGCUUUGCUCCCACUCCCGGGCUCUGUUCAGGCCUCCAACGUGUGUACCACCAUGUUCAGGAGCCAAAGACCUGGAGUGAAGCCCAAAGCUACUGCAGAGAGAAGUACACUGACCUGGCCACCAUCAACGACAUGGAGGACAUGAACAAGCUGAUUGAUGCUACAGGCAGUGGUUAUGAGGGGUCAGUCUGGAUUGGCCUCUAUGACAACCUGUAUUACAGCUGGAGGUGGUCUUUGUCAGAUGAGGCUGUCUAUAGGGAAGGAGGACAAAACUUCACCAGCUGGAACACAGGACAGCCUAAUAACUAUGGCAACUUGGAGGCCUGCGGUACUAUGGCGAGCUCGAGUGGAGAUUGGAUGGACAGCAAAUGCAAAGACCCAGCUCGCUUUGUCUGUUACCACACGAUCACCAAAGGUAUGGAAAACAGUACCUCUGGUAGUUACAUCUAUGUAAAUGAGAGAAAAAACUGGACAGAUGCUCAGCGCUACUGCAGGCAGCACUACACAGACCUGGCCAGUGCGAGGAGCCAGACUGAGAACGAGAAGAUCAGGGAGGUGGCUCCAGGACAUACGAUUUUUUGGAUCGGUCUGUUCAGACGCCCUUGGAGCUCGUGGUCAGGAGGGAGUAACUCCUCAUUCAGAUUCUGGAUACAUGGACAACCAGAUAAUAAGUAUUCUGACGAGCUCUGCGCAAUGAGUGAGCUUCGCCCUAUGUAUUCUGGAAGAUGGACUGAUAAAGAUUGUUCAGUCAGAGGUCAUUUCAUUUGCCAUGAAUAUCAAAUGAAGAAGCACUUUUUCAAAAUCAAGUUAACAUCAGUGGACUCUGCGGUCGACCUGAAUAGCCCUGCGGUGACAGAGGCCAUCUUGAAACAGAUGGAGAGGAAGAUGCAAGACGCUGGGCUGAGUGAAGAUCUCCAACUUGAAUGGGUAAAGGGGCCCGACAGAAAAGUCUUCCACACAGAGGAAAACGAGACGACUGAUUUGGCAGACAGGGAACUUGUUUGUCAAACUAAACUGAUUCAGUAG